CUCUUCUAAAACCCUAGCAAUUGGGCAUCCUCCAUCUUCCUCCGUAUAUUACAGUCUCAUCUCCUUUCCUCUCCAAACCCUUCACUCCUUUUACACUCGGCGGAAGAUGGGUCGUGUAAUCAGAGCGCAGCGUAAGGGUGCGGGUUCCGUAUUCAAGUCCCACACCCACCACCGCAAAGGACCCGCCAAGUUCCGGUCCUUGGAUUUCGGCGAGCGCAAUGGGUACCUCAAGGGUGUGGUGUCCGAGAUUAUUCACGAUCCGGGUCGUGGCGCGCCGCUUGCUCGCGUCACUUUCCGCCAUCCCUUCCGCUACCAGCACCAGAAGGAGCUCUUCGUUGCCGCCGAGGGGAUGUACACCGGCCAGUUUGUCUACUGUGGUAAGAAGGCCAAUCUCAUCGUCGGAAAUGUUUUGCCUCUCAGAUCCAUUCCCGAAGGUGCCGUAGUGUGCAACGUCGAGCACAAGGUCGGUGACCGCGGUGUCUUCGCUAGGUGUUCCGGCGAUUACGCUAUUGUCAUCAGUCACAACCCCGACAAUGGAACCACUAGGAUUAAGUUGCCAUCAGGAUCCAAGAAGAUUGUGCCUAGUGGAUGUCGUGCUAUGAUUGGCCAAGUUGCCGGGGGUGGGCGUACUGAGAAGCCCCUCCUUAAAGCCGGUAAUGCCUAUCACAAGUUCCGUGUUAAGAGGAAUUGCUGGCCUAAGGUUCGUGGUGUUGCUAUGAAUCCUGUGGAGCAUCCUCAUGGUGGUGGUAACCAUCAACACAUUGGUCAUGCUAGCACUGUUCGUCGCGAUGCACCACCCGGGCAGAAAGUUGGUCUCAUUGCUGCAAGGAGGACUGGUCGUCUUCGUGGUCAAGCUGCAGCUACUGCUGCUAAGUCUGACAAAGGUUCUUAGAUUGAUUAUUUCUUAUUCAGAAUUCUUGUUAGUUUUUAUUUUUGUUUUCCCUGGCCUGAUUUACACAUUAAGUGUGGCUUUAAAGCAGUUACAGUAUAAUUUUUCUUGAGUUUUCUAUCAAAGUUAUGUUUAAGGAUUCAGAUUCUGAUGCUGUGCUUCCAACUGGUUAUGCUUUUCUUGGAAACUUGUCAUUUUUACUUUGUUGAUGUUG